UGGAAUCAUAUGCGGCACUCUAGGACGGUGUCAGCACGUUCGUCGUACCGCGGCCAACCGUGACUACACCUUGCUUGCUGAUUUGCUCAUCAAUUUCCUGUGUUACACUCAUUAGAGGCACUAAAGGUCCCGUUCCUGACCUGUGACGACACCAUCCGCUUCAACGGACUAAGCAUCUUCAGCCCCCCACUAUCUGGAGUAUAAGUACAUAUCACGCAAUCAUCGCCUACCGAGAUAGCUGAGAGAGCGGUUCCUACGGACUACGGAUCACUCAGCCGUCAGCUAAAUCGCAUUCGCAACUGCACAGAACCAUGGUUCGCAGAACGGAGAUCAUCGACAUUCGUGUCGGCUCCACCGACUUUGACAUGGUCGCCGACAUCAAGAAGGGAUUGAACCCAAAAGACGGUGGAGAGAAGAGGCUACCCACGCUCCUGUUGUACGAUGAGGCUGGUCUGCGGCUGUUUGAGAAGAUCACUUACCUUGAUGAAUACUACCUCACCAAUGCAGAGAUCGAAGUUCUGGAGGCGUAUGCUGAGCAGAUCGCACGUCGUGUACAGACAGGUUCGGUUCUCGUCGAGCUUGGAAGCGGAAACCUCCGAAAGGUCAACAUUCUUCUGCAAGCCAUUGACCGCCUUGGAAAAGACGUGGAAUAUUACGCAGUUGAUCUCUCAUUGUCAGAGCUGGAGAGAACGUUCUCCGAAAUUCCUACAGAGGGCUACAAACACGUGAAGCCUCACGGUCUGCACGGGACUUACGACCAUGCACUGGAGUGGCUGAAAUCCUCCAGCGUUAAGGAUAAGCCCAAAACCAUCUUAUGGCUGGGUUCAAGCUUGGGAAACUUCAAGCGACAAGAAGCAGCGCCGUUCCUUGCCGGAUUCGGCGAUGCUAUCAAGACUGGUGACACGAUGCUUAUCGGCAUCGACUCCUGCAAGGAUCCCAGCCGUGUCUACCAUGCCUACAACGACAGGCAGAACGUGACACACGAAUUCAUCUUGAACGGUCUCAAACACGCGAACAGGCUCAUGGAUAAUGAGACUUUCAAGCUCGAUGACUGGGAGGUCAUCGGAGAAUUCGACAAAGAGGCUGGCCGUCAUCACGCGUUCGUCUCACCCUUGAAGCUUGUCACCAUAGAAGGUGUCAAGAUUCCCAAAGGCGAACGGAUCAGGAUAGAAGAGAGUUACAAGUACAGUCGUGAGGAGAUUCUGAAGCUCUGGGAGGGUGCUGGUCUUGUAGAGAACGCAGUCUGGUCCAAUGAGAGAGGUGACUACGGACUGCAUUUCGUGUCGAAGCCCGCAUUUUUCUUCCCCACCAAGCCAGAGACCUACGCUGCGCAGCCAGUGCCAACGCUUGCAGAAUGGCUUGAGCUUUGGAAAGUAUGGGACGCUGCUACUCGCCAUAUGAUUCCUGCAGAUGAGCUACUCUCCAAACCUAUCAACCUGCGCAACGCCUGCAUCUUUUACCUAGGCCAUAUCCCCACUUUCCUGGAUAUUCACAUGGCACGAGCAACUGAUGGCAAGGCCACGGACCCUGCAUACUUCUGGCAGAUCUUCGAACGUGGAGUCGAUCCGGACGUUGAUGACCCUGAGAAAUGCCACGCACACUCCGAGAUUCCUGAUACUUGGCCACCGCUUGAGGAAAUCUUGAUCCAUCAACAAAAGAUACGAGAGAGAGCCGAGACACUGUACACGUCAGGCGCUGUGGAAAGCAGUCACCGCAUUGCACGCGCUAUGUGGCUUAGCUUUGAACAUGAAGCUAUGCACCUUGAGACUCUCCUGUAUAUGCUUGUUCAAAGUGACAAGGUCCUGCCACCUCUGGGAAACACCAUUCCUGACUUCGCUGCUCUUGCGAAACGAUCAGCAACAACAGCGGUGGAGAACGAAUGGUUCACUAUACCCGAACAAGACGUCAACAUUGGCCUAGAUGACUCCGACAACGAUAUGUCCACCAAACGGUACUUUGGCUGGGACAAUGAGAGACCCGCUCGUUUGGCUCGCGUCAAAUCGUUCCAAGCUAAGGCUCGUCCAAUCACAAACGGCGAGUAUGCAGCGUACCUUACGAAGACCGGGAAAAUAGCCGUUCCUGCAUCUUGGUGUGAGGAGCAGUGCCUCAGCGAUGCAGCACGUGCUGUUAAUAAGAGAGACAGUGCCGUCAAUUGCUUUCACUGCACAAACGGCGCGGCGGCGGACGUCACCGAUGGUAGGUUUGUGAGAACGGUGUACGGCAGGGUGCCGCUCAAGUAUGCACUUGAUUGGCCUAUCGUUGCUUCUUAUGAUGAAAUCGCCGGCUGCGCACAGUGGAUGGGCGGACGCAUCCCUACCAUGGAAGAGGCGCGAAGUAUCUACAACUACGUGGAGACUUCCAAGAGUAAGGAGGUCCAGGCUCUGGGUAACACAAUUCCAGCGGUGAACGGGCACCUCAGCAACAACGGUGUAGACGAGUCGCCACCAUCCAAGCCUUUGUCAAACGGUGACUCUGGUGCAGUCAAUGGUUACACCCUUAUCCCCGGCAAUCUCUUCGUCGACCUUGAAGGGACCAACGUGGGUUUUAAGCACUGGCACCCUGUCUCUGUAUCCGAAAGGGGCAAUAUGCUCUGCGGCCAGUCUGACUUGGGCGGUGUUUGGGAGUGGACUAGUACUGUGCUGGAGAAGCAUGCCGGCUUCGAGCCAAUGGAACUGUACCCGGCUUACACGGCCGAUUUCUUCGACGGGAAGCACAACGUUGUGCUUGGUGGAUCCUGGGCGACCAUACCGCGCAUUGCGGGCCGCAAGACCUUUGUGAAUUGGUACCAGCGCAACUAUCCUUACGUCUGGGCUGGCGCACGUGUGGUUACCGACCUGUAAAGGCAUGAUCAUGUCCUUUUGACAGAUAUGUGAUUUAGGUUUCGACUGCUGCGUCCUGAUACUUCGGAGUGCGGCGCUGCACUGCAUCUGCAGCCAACCGCGAUGCAUCGCUCUCUCUACCAUCGCGACGUUUGUCGUCCCGAGCGCAAAUGGAGCGAUUUGUCGCUACGAUGGACGUUUUUCUAAAGUCCGCCCCUGUCGUUACAAUUUCCAUAUCAUAUCUCUCCAAUCCAAAGUUGUUCCUUCC